UGUGGACUGGAUGACCGGUGAAGUUUCAACUUUCAAGUUAUUAGUCGCGAAUCGCGAUUAUACGGUAUUUUUCUAGGUAUUUUUGAAUUUGUUAUAACAGUUUUACGUUUUUGCUUUAAAAUAAGAUUAAAGUUUUUGUAAACGAACCGUAUAAAGUAUAAACUUGUGUUCAGCUGUGUUAAAACAUAUACAAAAAAAUGCGCCGAUUAGCUUUUGCCGAGUGUUUGCUAUUAAUAUUGUUAAUAUGCAUACAAAAUUCAACUCAAGCAAAGAAACACACAUCAAUAACUCAGGUUGAAGACCUUAAAGAGUUUAAAAAGUUAAUGAAGACAAAAACUAAUGUUUUAGUUUUAUACAUAAAUAUUCAAAAAGAGGCUAUGCCCAUUUUAAAGACAUUCCGAGAAGUAGCAGAUAAAAUGAAAGGGCAGGCUACACUGGUAUCAAUUAAUUGUGCUGGAAGUGAAGGAAAAAAGCUUUGCAAAAAAUUGAAGGUUGAAAAAAGCAGUCCUUACUUCAUAAAGCACUUUAAAGAUGGGGAAUUCAAUAAGGAUUAUGAAAGAGCAGAAACAGUGAAUUCUAUAGUCAAUUUUUUAUUGGAUCCAACUGGAGAUGCACCAUGGGACGAAGAUCCUUCUGCUAAUCAUAUUUAUCAUUUAGCUGAUUCUAUGGCGCUAUCUAGCUUUCUCAAAAAGUGUGCAGCAACCUCAAUGAAGUCAAUAAUUAUGUUUUAUGCUCCUUGGUGUGGGUAUUGUAAAAUAUUGAAACCUGAAUAUUCCGAUGCAGCUUUAGACUUAAAGGGCGAAGCAAUGCUGGCAGCAAUCGAUGUAUCUAAACCUCAGAAUUCAAAACUUCGUUAUGAAUACAACAUUACAGGAUUCCCCACUUUGUUAUACUUCGUAAAAGGCAAUUAUCGUAUGGUGUACAAUGGGGAUAACAAGCGCGAUGCGUUAGUGAGGUUCAUUCGAGACCCGAGUAGUGUACAGGAGAUGAAGAAGGAAACGCCAAAAUCCUGGGACUUGGAUACCGAUCUACUACACUUGACAGCGGAAAGCUUUGAUUCAACAUUGAAACAUGUCAACAACGCACUGGUAGUGUUCUACGCACCUUGGUGUGGUCAUUGCAAGAACUUGAAGCCGAAUCUCAUCAAAGCUGAAGAAAGUCUGAGGACGCAACAGAUUGCUGGUAUGAUCGCAGUUGUUGAUGUGACGUCAGAGCAGGGUUUGGGGUCCAGGUUCAAUGUCAAGGGAUAUCCGUCUAUUAAGUAUUUUAACAACGGCGAAUACAAAUAUGACGUCAACUUCCGCACUGAUGACAAAAUUGUUGAAUUUAUGAAGAACCCCCAAGAACCGGUCCCCACACCACCAGAAAAACCAUGGUCUGAAGAAGAGACAUCAGUGCGUCACCUCUCAUCAAAUAACUUUAAACGCUCGCUUAAGAAGGCGGCACACGCGAUAGUCAUGUUCUAUGCUCCAUGGUGCGGUCACUGUAAAUCGACUAAACCGGAAUUCGUAAAGGCCGCUGACACAUUCGCGGAUGACCUGAUGGUUCUGUUUGGAGCCGUUGAUUGUACGGUUGAGGAAGACAUUUGCGCUAAUUACAAAGUGAAGGGUUAUCCUACAUUUAAAUACUUUCAUCAUUAUGAGCGAGUUGAAGAUUAUAGUGGCGGAAGAAAGAGUGACGAUUUCGUAAAGCACAUACAUACACAAAUAGAUGGUCAGAAGCAAGAGCAGGGCAGGAAGAGUCAUACCGUGACCGGGUUUGGGAUAAAUGUGGUGCAAGCAAAUGAUGCAAAUUUUGAAGAUAUUCUAUCCGAUUCAGUUCCCAGUUUUGUCAUGUAUCAUGCUCAGUGGUGUGGUCACUGUAACGAGAUCAAGCCGUCAUUUAGCCGCUUAGCAACGAAACUUAAAAGCGAGAAUGCUAAAAUAAAAAUAGUAGCCAUUGACGUGACUGAUAAUCCAAAGGCAACAGAAUUUGGAGGUAUUAAAACGUUGCCAACAUUGAAAAUGUAUGCCAAGUCAUCUGAAGUGUCUGUUUACGAUGGAGAUAGAUCUCAAGAUGAUAUGUAUAACUUCUGUAAGAGUUUGAAGGUGAAAGAUGAAUUGUGAUCCGUAUUUAUCGGUAGCAAAAUCAUUAAUUUUUUAUAAUAUUUCAUAAUUAUUUCAUUACUUUUUAUCAUAGCUGAAUAUAUGUUGAAUUAUCUUAUAUCUGCUAGCAAUAUGUUGGUUAACAAUGUCAGAAUUGUUAUCAUAAUAUCGAAUAUAAUAAUUAUAUUUUAUUUAAAAUAAUUGUUCGUAAGGCUCAAUAUUAAAACGCUUGAAAAAUAACACUUAAAUGAAGUUUUUUAACGGAUCGAGACACGAAUUUAUUAAAUUAAUGAGGUAUUUAAUUUUCAACUUAUAAUUAUUGGGUAUUGCGAAAAAUUCUAUUUCACGUAACCUCAUGACAAUUUGCUAGUCUAGUUUUAAUAUGAAAAUAGAUUUAUUGGUAGUAGUAUUCCAGUUGGUAUUCAUUCUCAACAAGUUUGGUUUUGUAAAUUUGUAACGAUUUUGUCAAACUAUCAACAACCUGACAGUUCUCGAGUGAACAAUUUCAAAACGAAAAUGUAAUUUCCUUGAAUAAAACAAGCGAUCAAAACUACUUGUUGGGAAUUAUACAAACUUAGAACUUCAUAAAGAAUGUGUUGGAUCUGUUGUUGGAUAUGUGUAUUUACAUUUUUAACUUGUGUGUUAAAUUUCGUAUCUCGCAAAUUUGAUUAGGUCACAGGUUCAAUAAAUAUGCAAUAAAAAUCGGUUUAGUGGUUUUUGAUACCUUAAUUUUUCUUGAUAUAUAAAUAACUUUUCCAUAUAUUUUGUCUGGACUAGCAUUUAGCAAUUAGUAACGGAAUUUGAAUUCUCAGUAUUCCAAAAUAAAUUAAAACUGCAAGUAAAAUUUUGUAAACAACAGCCCGGGUUAAUUAAACUACCAUUCGUAAUAGCUACGAGGCGUUACUACUUUUAAGGAUCCGCGUCUUGAUAUCGUCACUUACAUUCCAUUUUCUUUGAUCGAAAAAAACUUAAGUAUUUUGCGGUAUUUUUGGCAACUCAUACGCGCUAAUAAUGAUAGGUCCCAGAUUGAGGGCCUAUUUUAUAAUCUUUAAGUAAUUUACAUUCCAAUUAAAAAAGUGGUCAGUUGCAAUAUUAGCACUACUUAAAAGUCAUGAACUUUUAUUUGUUCUUCGCGGACAUAUUGCUCUAAAUACUUCUGAAAUGAAAAUAUGUUUUUGCAAUUAUUCGACGUAAAUUUUACGUUGCGUUAUUUGUUAAUAUUACUGAUUACUAAGAUUUAUUGUGCCUUUAUAAUUCGUAUAAGUAAAAAUUAUGUAUUUUUGAUAUUUUGAAAGUAAAAUAAAGCCAUUAUUGUAAAAUGUUAAAAUACUUUAAAUACGCAUCAUUCGUGUUAUACAGUAACCCGGAAAAAAUAGCUUAAAUAUUUAAAAGAUUCAUAAGUCCAAUAUUUUUGUCAGCUCGCUGUAUUAAACCAGUUGUUAUGCUAAUUGCUAAAGUAAUUUCAGAUUCUUUUAUUUGUUUUACGAAAAUGCCUUUAAAUGUACGUACUUAUUAGAAAUACUUUCUGGAUUCAAUCGUGGAAUAGAUAAAUAGGUUGGAAGGACGUUUGCUUUCCAGUUUAAUUACACAACAUGUAUCGCUUUUUGCGGUGCCUGCGUAACCCUUGCAUCCAUAUCUAUCUAUUCCGUUGGUGCUAUAGGGAAUCUAUUGGAGUGAUACGUAAAAAUUUACACGUUUAUAUAUUUACACUAUUUACAUAUAAACAUAUUUACAUAAUUUUAUGAAUAAAUUUAUUAGAGUUUAAAUAUUUUCCCUAUAUUAUAAACCAGAUCAUAUAUAUCGCCUCAACUAUGGUCAUUGGUCAGUCAGUUCUGGAUUUGAGUCCCGACGAAACAAGCUAGUUGCCUUAAAAAAAAGUCAACGGGAAAUGGGGUCAUAUUCUUUAUCUUUUAAUUCAGUCUCUUGUCUACCAAAACCUUGUUUCCCCGGCACUGAAUCCCAGGACUGGCAAUACAUGUGCACCAAUGUAACUAUAAUAUAGAGUUCCUUCAUUGUCUUCCAAGUAUUUAAAUGCAUUUAGUUAUUAACAUGCUUUUUCAGAUAUGAAAAUAAGGAUAAUUGUUGAAGAUUUAACAUACUUAUAUUUUGUCAAAAAUAAAUUGUCUUACAAGCAA